GUAACAAACAUGGCCUCGUUAUACCAAAUACUGCCACAGAUACAGAAUUAUUGCAUAUUAGGAACUCUCUACCUGAUAACGUCAAAGUUCAUAGAGUCGAAGAACGAUUGUCAGCUUUAGGAAAUGUUGUAGCUUGUAAUGAUUACGUUGCUCUGGUCCAUCCUGAUCUUGAUAGGGAAACAGAGGAAAUUCUAACCGAUACAUUAAAUGUGGAAGUUUUCAGACAAACAGUUGCAAGCAAUGUUCUAGUUGGUUCUUAUUCUAUUUUAUCUAAUCAAGGCGGACUUGUGCAUCCUAAAACAUCCAUACAAGAUCAAGAUGAACUUUCUUCUUUGUUACAAGUACCGUUAGUGGCUGGAACAAUAAAUAGGGGAAGUGAUGUGAUUGCUGCUGGAAUGGUUGUUAACGACUGGAUAUCUUUUUGUGGUAUGGAUACCACAUCAACAGAAAUUUCUGUUAUUGAAAGUGUCUUUAAACUUAAUGAUAGCUCCUUGAACGCAAUUACGUCUAUUAUGCGAGCUCCACUCAUUGAAAGCAUGUCAUAAAAAUUAGAAAAAUCUAGAAUUUCAAACGGACUUGAAUCAUAAAAGGAGAUUUGGCUCUACAUCAGUAUCAAUUUUAGAAUUCACAAAGUAUAAUAACGAAUAUUGUUACGAACAACAAAAUGUCUUAUAUAUUUAUUUUAAUAAAGAAA